AUGAGUUUUUCAACGGCCGCUGUAAUCCGCACAAAUUCUUAUUCAAUUAUGAGUAAAGGACAAUACUAUCUACGUAAAUAUAUUCAAGAUUCCAUAGAUAUUUUAAUGAAUUAUCAAGACAAGAAUUAUGAAAAAUUCUGUCGAUUAUUGAUUGAUGAACAAUUAUUCUAUGUCAAAAAUCUACCAUUUCGAAGGAUAAUUAACGAAUAUCUACAAAUGAAUAGUUUUUAUCAUGGCCAAAUAAGAGUACAUUCUAUACUCUGGCGUUAUAAAGCAGAUAUGAAACUAAUUAAAGGAUGGGUAACUUAUUCAUUUCGUUUUCCGAAUCUAUGUCAUCCUAAUUUAUACAAAAAAUUCAAUGUAAACGAUAAUCUAUUUCAAAAGUCAACGAAACCUCGCCAUCAUUCUAAAGAUUGGUAUAUUUAUAUAGGAAAGCAAUUACCAAAAUAUAUUGGAGAAUAUUUAUCUAUUCAAACAAUUGUUCAAGUAAAUGAUCCUCCCAUAACAAUGUUAUUUGUGAAUAAAGUUACAGAACGAAUAGAUAUUUAUUUUUAUUUCAAAUCCAUUAAUACCAAAAUGACAAUGACUUUUGAACAACCAAUUUUUAAAUAA